UGCCGCGCGCUCCACGCAAAAUGGCGGACGCUCUAACAUCGGAGUAUGCGUUAUCAAAAUCUAGUGAACAUUUUAAUUACAACGAAGUGAAAAAAAGUUACUUAAAACAAGUAAAAAUGUAUUACGCGAACAGGAAGUUACCUGUAAUGUCACCAUUUACGCGGGAGGUCGUGGAUAGAAUAAAAAAGCUUAUAAAAGAGAGGCAGUUUUUGAUGUCAGUCGGACAUCCUUCAGAGCACGCGAAGUAUAAAGUUGCACACAAAUACGAAGUUAUUGAACAAAAUGGUGAAGAAAUAUUAAUUUGUAAAAGAAUACUGCCGGAUGAUCCUAUUGUUCAAAUCGUGCCAGCGGAAGACUGUUUUGACAUUUUGGUCGAUGCUCAUUUACAGACUAAACACGGGGGAAAAGACAAAAUGUUGAGCACAAUAAAAAAAGGCAAAUACGUCGUGCCAAAGACUAGCAUCGACUUUUUAUUAGUCGUUUGUAAAGUGUGCAACCUCAACGGUAGAACAAAAAGACGGGCUGAUGAAAGGAUACCUCGAAUAUUUAAUUCUAGAGGGCAAGUAAGUUUAGUAGACAUGACCGAAGAGCCAGAUAAUCAAUUUAAACAUAUUUUGUGUUAUAUAGACAGGUUCACAAGUUUCAUGCUUUUGCGACCACUCAUGACAGACACCGUACAAGAGACAGCCAUGGAAUUACUGAAGAUAUUCUUCGAUUUUGGACCACCAGAGAAACUAGAGACGUACAAUAGACCCUUCUUUAACCAAGUAAUGAGUAUAAUAAACACCGCACACAGUGAAUUUAAUAUAAGUCUGGUGUUGCCAGUGAAAAUGCCAGAUAUUAAUCCGUUAGAUGUAAAAGAAAUGCUUCGAAAAUGGCAAACCGAGACUGGUAGCAGCAAUUGGGCUAUGGGAUGUUAUAUGGUUCAAUGGAAUAAUAAUUCUGAAAUUAGUAUGAAUAAACCAUCGCCAUAUUUCUCUGUAUUUAAACGUUCCUUGGCUGGCAAUGGUAAAGAAGAUAAACAACAAGGAAAUGAGAAGCCUGGAGAAACUUGGUUAAAUAACGAAAGUGCGACUGUCACUGCUCGUCUAAACUCUAGAGAUGAUAAUAGUCAAUCAAGUUCUUUCACAAUACUAGGUGGUGAUAGUGAAGAAGUUGUAAAUUUGCAAGAAGAGAAUGGUCUCAGCGAAGAUGAUGAAGAUUGUUUGAUAACGAUAACCGAGGCCCCUAAUGAAUCUGUAUCGAUACUACCUCAACUACCCAUAACAACUGUAUCUAAUUCGAAAAAACAAUCUAAUCAUGUACCCAAUAUCCUUAAAAAGCGUCUGGAACACAGUAAUAAUAGAAACGUAGUUAAUGUGAAUGAGUCGCUACUUGUUUUAUCACCAUUCGAAAAAAUUGCGUACGCAAAAAACAAUAAUAAUAUUUUAAAAGAGCAAAAGCAAGUUGCAUGCAAAGAGUCGCCAAAACCUUCGAACAAACGGUGCCAUGUUUGUAAAACUGAAAUAAAGAAAGCCUACAUAUGUACUAAAUGUGACAGAAAAGUGCAUUUAUUCUGUUCUGAUAGAUUAUUACAGCCUAACAUAUCCCCCGACGUUUUAAGUGUAACGUGUACCUCAUGUACGCUUACGAAAAGGAAUGAUAAGGUGAAACGCAAAUACGACGAAAUUGAUAGCGAUAAAAAUAAUAUUAUAACGAUUUAAGACUGAAAAAUCACAAUUUAAAUUAAGUAACAUCCAAAGAUACAUGUAGAAGGCGUGAAGAAAAUUAUAUUACUUAUAGUUUUUUUUAUUUAGGUACUUAUCUACCUACCUACUUAAGUACCUAAGAAUGACAAUGAUUUCGUCGUACACACAUUCCUUAAUUUUUGAUGGCUGAUCAAACAAAUAAAAUGGUCACCCUACUGAUGAAAAAAUGCAAGAAUGAUAAUGGAGCGCAGCGCGUGCGUCGACGGCUAGGAAGCAACUAAGUACUUCUAUCUCUUUCUCUCCCGAUUACCCGCGCGCCGCGCCACGUCGUUGCCGCUCCGACUAAGCACUCUGCCUGACAACAAGCCAUACGAUUAGCAAGUUUCAAGAACGCGCUUCACAAUGAUUAUCUAGUAUAACUGGACCCCGUGAUGUUUAACAGCUGUGCGUCCUUAAAGGUAUGAGUUAUACUGGUCAUUUGGCAUCGUAUCAUAGCGUUGUAAAACUUGUAAAUAAGCCUGCGCUGUGUAACUGUUUGCGCGAGCGCAUUAGAGUCAAGCGCCUAGAAAUACCAGUGUAACCUGACCUUCAAAUGUGUGUUCAAUUGUGCGUAAUCGAAGACCGCUCUUAGACUGGUUUUUGUGCACUCGGCUCGCACGAGCUCAGUAAACAUUUGGUAUGACAACGCUGAACAAACUUAUCUCUGCGAGCAACAAUGUCGCCACCGUCCAUGACGCGCUAAAGUUUGUAUUCGAUGCCGUUAGUUCCAAAUUUGACCACUCGAUUAAGAUUAAAUUGUAAUUAUUGUGCUGACCGCAAGUGAAUGAAAGUGUUGCAUGUGUGUUAACUGUUAAGGAAUAUUGUUAAUUUGUUAUUAUUUUAGUUAAGUACGUUUCAAUACCUAGUUGUUGAUACUAAAUUGAAUGUUUAAGUAGAAAAUUGUGAAUUGAU